AUGUUUAACUACCCUUGGUGGGUGUGUGGCAGGACGAUUUUCACCAGCUACCAGCUGGAGGAGCUAGAAAAAGCUUUCAAAGACGCGCACUACCCCGACGUCUACGCCAGGGAGAUGCUCAGCCUGAAGACCGACCUGCCCGAGGAUAGGAUACAGGUGUGGUUUCAAAAUAGGAGGGCCAAGUGGAGAAAAACGGAAAAAUGCUGGGGCAGGAGUACCAUCAUGGCUGAAUACGGUUUAUAUGGUGCAAUGGUACGGCAUUCCUUACCAUUACCAGAUACCAUACUAAAAAGUGCCAAAGAAAAUGAAUGCGUCGCACCAUGGCUUCUAGGAAUGCACCGAAAAUCCAUAGAGGCGGCCGAGCAUCUGAAGGACACCGACGGCAACUCGGACCACGAGGAGACGACCUCGAUGCGUACGGACGCGAGCGACACGAGCGCCUCCAGCAGCCAGCCCCCGAACAACAACAACCCCAACCCCGCUGCUGGCGGCGACAAGGAGCAGCAGCCGGCGGCCGCGAUGGCGAACGGCGGCGGCGGCGGCGGCAACCCCGCCCAGUACCCCGCGGAGGACCCCGAGGCGUUCCGGAACAACUCCAUAGCCUGCUUGAGGGCCAAGGCGCAGGAGCACAGCGCCAAGCUGCUCAACCACAACUUGAUGCUGCACGUGAGGCCCAUGACGCAGAACUGCGACGCGAACGCGAACAACCUGCACCAUCCGGCGGAGGUAAGUCCCGACGCGCAGUCCGCAUCGAUGUUUUGACAGGACAAUUCCUAACUUCGCGGGGCUAUCGCUUCCGGGUUUUUCAGUUUUUGAUGCACAAAAUUAAGGGUCUAUUCGAAGCAACGAAAUUCCGUUCGGGUUUUUUUCGUCUCCACAUCGAAAAUAGUCUUUUUGGGGCUCGUUUUCCGUUUUUUGGAAUCUAACAAAAUCUUUAUUUUUAUUCGACAAAACCUUUACAUAUAGUCGCGGCCAAAUCUACAAGGGUGCAAGUCAUCAACUGCAUAUGACGUCAGCGUUAAGGUCUAUUCAUACGUGCCCAGGCCAGUGAUGUAACCGAUACAUUUUUUCCAGAUACAUAUCUAAGUUACUUCCAGAU